UAUUGCGACAAUUCUGCUGUUGGACCUUAUGGUACCGGAGUUUAGUAGUGUUGGGAAAUAUGUCGGCCUCCGGGACGCUCCUAGCCAAUAUUAUGGAUAUAUGAGAAGAUUUCAUGCAUGCCUUGGGAUUAGUUACAUUCACUUGGACAUCUUCACUGUAAUUGUUGUGGCGAAAGGCCUACUGGUGCUAACGUAACUAAGUUGCAAACCAGGUGGUUUCUACCCGUAGCUAACGGUUAUUUAAUAACGGUUAGCAGUCUCUGCUUAGUAGCAAAAUAACGUUGGAGGUAACGACGGCUGGCUACGUUAGCUAGACCUACCCUGAAAACUAGCUCGGCACCAAGAUAAUCACUGGAGAGAGACCCGUGAGGCUUGCUAGCAACGCUAGUGAGCCUCGUAUGGAUAUUAUUGGAUGCUACGAGUUGCCUCUGCCAUUUAUAAUCCCAAGGGGAAAGCAUACAACCAAGACUGAACACACAUCAAAUCCGCUGUUUUGGACUCGAAGCCACUGUGAAUCCAUUUUACAGGUGCAGCAUCUCGACCAACCAUCAGGUCUGAUCCAUCCUCCUUACAACCACGGACAGGACUAGGACUUGCUGUUUCAUCUCCAAAUUUGUGUGGUUUUCUCUCACACAGAUCCACAUACAGACAAGGAGCAGAAAGCACUGAUGAGGAAGUUGCCCAAAUCUUAGGAAUGAAGAAAUGAACUUUUUUGCACCCCACGUCAGUGAGAGUAAGACCCAAGAAGAGGAUACUGCAAGUUGAAUAAAUGAGUUAUAUACCCACACAGAAAUAAGUCUGUUGUGAAAGGAGUCUCUGUAUUCUACAGUCUCUGUAUCCUACACAUAAAAAGCCACAGAGAUAUUUUUAUAUAGCUUGUUUUGGGACAUUGUUCCGCGGAGGCUAGUUCCCCGGGGGAGUGUGGUGGAGGGUGUUGCUCGGCCUCGGUGCUCCAUGCUGCGGGAAGGAAGCAGAGGAAUGGCCCUGGAAGUCCCUGGAGGAGAGGGGAACAAAAGGAAAACAGCCUCAAGCUGAGAGGACAGCAUUUACAUAACCAAUGGACAGUCUUUCUCAAACACACACGCACACACACGCGGCAGCAGGGAGACCAGUAGGGGAACUGAAGUGAAGUUUCCUCUGUGGCACUGACUCCUGCUGCUGUUAUUAUUGUAAUCAUUAUCUGCCUGUCGCUAGAGAUUUUAAUCCCUUGGGGCUCCAACUCAGUGCUGUUGGAUUUGCUCUGGCGUUAUCUUAACUCGUUUUAGUGUUCUGUUUUUCUUUUUUUGUAUCUACCCCUUUUAUAUACAUGGAGACUAAUGGAUGUUCAACUGGACUUUUCCCCAGUUGCUUUGGAUGUUACCCUAUCAUUACUUGCUGUUUUUUCUUUGCUUCAUCCAAUCACAUCCCUGGUGCGGCAGGCAGGUGAGGUGGUUUGAAUCAGCCACCGGCAGGGUUUAGGGAUGCCCCGACACAGGAAAACCAGGCUACAGCAUUGGCCCGCAUACAGACUGGAGUUUCUAAUACGAAUCCUGGACUGAAACACAACUGAUUCCUCCAAAAGCAAGGAAGGUGUUAUCAUACAAAAACGAAACAAAAACUUUUAUCAGACCUGCUAAAGCAGGACUGCUGGACUGGGUUCUGAAAACACCAACUUGGAGUGAAUCCCAAUAUCUCGUCCUGGGCAGCCAUGCUCCAUACAACACACUAAAACCCUCCUAUAGCUGUAAAAAGGCCCAUUUUUCAUUUUUUGGUCUUGAGCUGCACUUUUUUUUUUUUUUUUUUUUUUUUUUCCAGCUUGUGGAAGUUGUUUUCCCGGGUGAUGUUUUCAUAUUAACAGGAAGUCACAGAAGAAGGAAAAGCCAAGACAGAUUAUCAUCGCUGACGUUUCCUCUCUCUCUCUGUCUAGUGCUCCUCUCUCCUCUUUCUCUUUUUUCAGCCUCAUUUCUCUUCUUGCUUUCAUUUGCCUCAGUCCCUUAUCUUCCACUUAUCUUCCACCAGAACAAGUCUACCUCUUUUUCAGUUCUUGUACCUCACUUAGCUCCCAUUUGAAAGCGAGAAAGCAAGCAACCAUCUCAUCACAUUGCAGUACGCAUUAGACACAAGACAAAGACCCAUGAGCUCAUUUGUUGGUGUUUGACGCAGAAUGUAUGACGAAUAAAUCAGUUUUAUCAGCCUCACAUCCAAUUAAGGAAAGGUCCUAAAUUUAGCUGAAAUGUUUGAUGUUUCUCACAUCACCAAAUCACUCAGAAGCAUUUAGGAAACUAUUAACAGGAAUUUCCAAAUAUUGUUUUUUUUUUUUUUUUUUUUAACCACACCAAAAUAGAGCCAUAUCUUUUUUUAAGUGCACUGUUUCUCUUCAUGAAUCUUUCCAAGCCUUCAUUUACAUAGCUAUACCUCCUGCUUCUUUAACAUUUGAACAAAAAUAUUUUAUUUACAUUCGUGCAAACUUUUAAUUGGCUUGUAUUUGAUAUUUGAAAUUGUCUAGCAAAGCUUUGACAUGUGGCAGAGUCAGAUACAUGAGAAAUCCAGUUCACGGUCUGUUGUUUAUGUGCCUGUAACUCGUAACAGAUAGAUAUCCAGACACCUCCUUCUUUUUUUUUUUUAAUCUCCUCUUCAUUUGUUUAUCCCUCCUGCAAACCAUUCCACCUGCUUUUCUGGCCAACGGGAAAACAAAGGCUUUACAGGGGGAGCAGCUCACAAGCCUCUGUCAAUCUCACACACACACACACAGACACAGUACAGAUGGUUUGAGGGGUCAGAUGGGUUUGAGCUGAAACCAAACAAAAGCAGGGUAUAUUCUUCCUCACCUUGUUCUUCCCUCCAUCUGUGACGAUGCAGAAAAGCAGUUUUUUUCCUCGUUGUCAGUUGAACAAGGGAGUACUUCAUCCCAUCUAACACUUCCAUCCCUCCAUCCCUGGCUUUCUUCUCUCUAUCUUCUUUCUCUGUCUUUUUUUGGGGGGGGGCUAAUCUUUUGAUCCACCCUCUCCCACUGCAAAACAUCAAAUUCAUCUCAUACCUAUGCUGAUUGCCUCAUGUCUAACCUGGCAAGCAUGCAAUCACAUACCUGAACGACCACCAAUCAGCCACACCAACUCUGAACCAUAUUACUCAAUAGAGUGAUCGCAAAACACACACACACACGCACACAGGAAGUGAUGCCGGGUGGUGGCAGCAGCAAGAGUGGAGGAGGGGGCCCAUCCUCGUCACCCCUCCCACACGCUGUGGCGCCGCCCAGCCGACCCCUGCGGCCCUCCCGCUACGUCCCAGUGUCGGCUGCGACCUUCUUCCUGGUUGGGUCCACGACGCUCUUCUUCUGCUUCACCUGUCCAUGGCUUUCAGAGCAUUUCUCAGUAGCUGUGCCCAUCUACAAUGGAGUGAUCUUCCUGUUUGUUUUAGCCAACUUCUGUAUGGCCACAUUCAUGGACCCUGGCAUCUUCCCCAGAGCGGAGGAAGAUGAGGACAAAGAAGAUGAUUUCCGUGCUCCCCUCUAUAAGACGGUGGAGAUCAGAGGCAUCCAGGUCAGGAUGAAAUGGUGCUCAACCUGUCGGUUCUACAGACCACCACGAUGCUCCCACUGCUCGGUCUGCGACAACUGUGUCGAGGACUUUGACCACCAUUGUCCAUGGGUGAACAACUGUAUUGGCAGGAGGAACUACCGCUACUUCUUCCUCUUCCUCCUGUCGCUGACGGCCCACAUCAUGGCCGUGUUUGGCUUCGGCCUUCUCUUCAUCCUGUAUCAUCGCCAGAGCAUUGACCGCCUGCAUGCCAUCGUCACGCUGGCUGUGAUGUGUGUUGCAGGACUGUUCUUCAUCCCUGUUGCUGGCCUCACCGGCUUCCACAUAGUACUUGUGGCCAGAGGCAGGACUACCAACGAACAGGUAACAGGGAAGUUCAGAGGAGGUGUCAAUCCUUUCACCAACGGCUGCUGGAAGAACGUCUCGCAUGUCCUCUGCAGUUCACAAGCACCCAGGUAUCUGGGCAGGAAGAAGCGUGUCCAGAGUGUGUGUGUGCAACCUCCUUUCCUACGGCCACAGCUGACUGAGGCCCAGCUGGCUGCCAAGAUCCUGGACAACGGCAUUCAGGGAGACCUGCACAGGUCCAAGUCCAGCCUUGAAAUGAUGGAGAGUCAGUCAUGUGACGCUGAGCCGCCUCCUCCUCCCAAACCAGAGCUCCGCUACCCUGGACUGAGCAGAGGGAACACAGAGGAGAGCAGUCUACUAAAUAAAGCCCCUCCCACGCCCACCAUGUACAAGUACAGACCCACCUAUAGUCCUGGCAAGAACCACACAGCGCUCACACAUGCCUACGCCAAUCAGCUGAGUCGAGGAGAGAGCGUUGGCAGUGCCAGGGACUCCUCCUCCACCUCUUCCCUCCUCCAGGCCAGCCAGCAGCCGGGCUUCCGCUCACAGCCCAGCCUUGAUGGGAGGGACACUCCCUCUGACAGAGGAGGUGGAGGAGGAGGUGGAGAGAGGCGGGAGGGAGGAAGAGAGGGAGGAGGAGGAGGAGGAGGAGGUAUCCCUGGCUAUUCCCUCGGUGGACGCUCGUACCCCUCCUUCUCUGACCCCACCGUCCUAUCUGGGGGGGCUGCGUCGCGCUCCUCUAGCUCCACCCACACAUCAGCCGGCGUUGCCCACGUCUCCGAGGCGACCACCACCUCGGCCAGCUACAAGAGCUUAGCCAAUCAGACCCCACCUCCACACCACCCGUCACGCAACGGCAGCCUGUCGUACGACAGCCUGCUGGCGGGCGGCGAUGAGUUUGAGGCGGCGGUGGCGGCAGGUUCAGCAGCCCCUGAGGUUUCCCCCGGGAGAUCCCGUACGUCGGCGGGGGGCGGCUACAACUCACCGUUCCUGUCGGCGCAACAGAAGGAGGCGGACUUGCACUCACAGGCCUCCCAGUCCCCCCACCACCACCACCGCUCCACCCACCACCACCACCACCACCACCCAUUCCUCCAUCGCUCCUCCUCCUCCACCACCUCGUCCUCGCCGCCUCCUCCCCCGGAGAGGGAGCGCCUGCUGGGCGAGCCUCACCCUCUCCCUCACCCUGCUCCCGCCAGUCAGGCCCCUUCGUCUUCCGCCCCGCCCCCGUCCUCGUCCGCCCCACCUCCCCCGCACCACCACCACCAUCACCACCACCACCACCACUCCUCCUCCCACCACCAUCACCACCACUCCUCCUCCUCCUCCUCCACGUCCCGCCCUCCCCGCUUCUCCGCCCCCCACCACGCCUACCCCUACCGCACCCGCUCCACCGACGUCCCACUCGGCUCCUCGUCCUCCUCCGUCUCCACCACCCACCCACCUCGCUCGCCACACCCGCCGCCCCUGGGCAAGUCGCUGUCGUAUUCAAGUGCCGCCGCCGCCGAAAUGCAGUACAGGCUGGUCCGCAAGGCGUCCGCGUCGGCCGGCGCCAACGCGGCAGGGGUAGGAGGAGGAAGUGGAGGGAUGGGAGGAGGAGGAGGAGGAGGAAUACAAGCACCGAAGGAUGAGCUGAUCCAGAUGAAACCUCUGAGUCGGACCAACGGGGGCCAGCCCCUCUCUUCCUCCUCCUCCACCUCCUGCUCUGCCCCUUCCUCCCCCUCUCACCCAAUCAGUGUGUCCACCCGGCCCGGAGCAGCCUAUCCCAGCCCGGCAUCCGCGCAGAGUCCCGCCCACAAGCCCCAAGGCGGCGGGGUGAAGAAAGUGACGGGCGUCGGGGGCACCACCUACGAGAUCUCUGUCUGAUUGACAGGCGGCCUCCAGCUCCAGGAACAAUGGGAUGGAGAGAUGAGGCUGAGAGACGGUUAGACUGCGUCAUGUAGUCCCACCUCUCUGUGUUGUCAUGGGGAUUUAGAAACAGAGAAGGCUGGAUUUUGUGUUUUCCAUUAGUUUAUUUUUCGCUGUCACACUAGAAACUGGUGUAUCACCACAGACCUACAGAAAGCGAGAGAAUAUUGAGGAUGAAUUUUAUUUUGAUGUCACUCCUAGCAGGGUGAUUUUUACCGCUUGGAGCUGAAAGGAACCAAGCUGUACUGUGCUGGCCUGGCUUCACACACCCACCACAGUAACUGGAACUGUGCUGCCUGGACUGGUGGAAGCCAGUACUGAACUGCUACUGGACUUUGUAUUUUUUCAAAUGAGUCUUAAUUUAGCAGCCAAUGGUGGAUUUUGGGCCUGACUGGAACUAAAUAGGGACCAUUUCUUGGCGCACACAGUGCUAAUCUGCUCCUGUGUGUUUCACUAUGGCAUUAGUAUUGCCAGGGGCGUCGUUCCCAGCUGUAGCUCAAUAGGUAGCAUGUGGCACUAGCAUUACUGGGGUUGGGGGUUCCAUUUCCCUCAGUUGCAGAGCAAGGCAUUAACACUGCCAGGGUUUGGGGUUUGACUCCCAUUGGGGCCACCAUUACACUUGCUGUACUGUAAAGCUGAUUGGGUCAGGGUUGGAUCACAAUGAGUUUUUCAGUGGCCAUAAGCUACAAAUGUUGUGGGAUUCAAGCUGCCAAUACUGUUUGCUAGAUUUGGCAAAAUCAUGCUAAAUAGACUAUUUAGUGUUUCCUCCAGGAUAGUAUUCUUGUCCAGGUGGAAAAGCCUUUGAAGCCGCAUUUAGGUCAUGAAAUAUUCACAACUCUCCACUGAAACCCAGAUAGUAACAAAAACAAAUUAGAAUUAUGUCAGAUCAAAGGUUUCCCAUAGACAACCGGCAAAGUACUGACCAAUUACACAAUAAAUACGAAUUCAGACAAGCUGUAUAUCGACAUUGGAGGUUUACCACUCUGACUGGACCAGAACUGAAUUCAAAUAGGACAAUAAUCAGUCCCAUAGUAUAGGUUCCACCCUACAUCAAAUAGAAGCUUCCACCAGACGCAGUAUUGUCUGGCUCGGCUUCGUUGGAGCCAAGAAAACAAAUGAAGGUUUUCUGCAGUGCAUGGAAGUAGAAAUGAAACCCAGCAGUAUCCCUUUUCCUUCCAGUCUGCAUCUCCUCUUCGGGGCCGUGCUCUCUUGCGCUCUCUCUCUCUCUCCUCCAGCCAAAGAAAUACACAACCAAGCCUGGCAGGAGGCGACCAACUCACCCACCCACCAACCAACCAACCACAGUCUGUAGUAUCCACAUUAUCGUCAGCAUCCGUCAUGGACUCUCGACAAUCCGAAGGAACGCUAUCCAUGAACUUGAGCAUUGAUAUUGAGGCGUGAAUGGAUUUGCCUUUUUGAUGGCGGGAAGAAAACUGUGAAGUUGGGGGGAAAAAAUGCUGAUUCACUCUUUCUUUUAUUCAUUUGUUGAUUUAUUCCUAGAUGUGAAUAUGAUUCCAUGUUUGUACAGGAUGAUGUGAUUUAAAUGUGGAUUUCCUAAACAAAAAAAAAAAGAAAAAAGAAAAAAAAAAAAGUGGCAUUCAAAAUGGACUGCAGCAUGCACUAUUAUUACUACAAGCCACUAUGGGCCACUGUGAUUGGAUGUGGGCCAUGCUGUCUGUUGUCUUUUGGACCAAUCAAAAAUAAGGAUACUAAAGUGAACAAGGAAAUGGUGUUUUGGCCUUUGUUGUUAUUGGGGUCUUUAAGACAAGGCAGCCUUUUCUAGAAAGAAAAAAAAAGAAAUCCUUGAGCAAUUGCCUUGAAAACCGAAGAAAAGUGUUGUCUUUUUUAUUUCACUUAUUUAAUUUCAAAUUGUUUUAUAUGAAUUUUUAUCAAAAUAUAGCUAUUGAUAAAUGAAGAGUUUUUAAUAUUGACUCAAAAGAGGGGUUGUGUUGUCAAUUUGUGGAUCAAGAAAAGAUUAAAGCAGCCCCCCUUCCCCCACUGUUUGGUUUUUGGUUGAAGCUCCAAACACAGCUCACACACUGAGGGGUCUCAGCCUAUCGGGAGUUCAGUGUCCUCUGUUGUUGACCAAGCCUGAGAAAUUCUGUGUGAACUAUUUCAAAAUGCUGAGAAACAUGAUGAUUUCUUACCGGCCACAUAGCUGCUAUAUUUGAAAGACAUAUGAAAAAACAAAAAAAAAAAAACAGUGUAGUAAAAGUCUUCCUUUU